UUGACUUCAGCUCCAACGAUACUCGGAAUGUUAUCUGUACCCAAGAAACUUCCAAGUCGGACACGCGAAGUUUAUUUUCCAGUGUGUCACCUACGGAGCGGAUAUUUAUCAUCGACAUUGACCGGGCGGUGAUUCAGGACUGAAAGCGGUUUGAGUUGGCCUUUUUAGAAGAUUGACAAAACUACACAAUGCAUAUGCUAGCCUCAAACGGAUCCGUAAUGGACCUGGAGUCGGAGUCGGUGAAAGUUAAAGCUCACUACCGCGGAGACAUGUUGAUCACAGACCUAGCUGCCACUUUAACUUUCGUGGAGCUUUGUGAGGAGGUGAGAGCGAUGUGCAGCCUGACCAGACAGCAGCCCAUCACACUCAAGUGGAUUGAUGAUGAAGGAGAUCCUUGUACCAUCUCAUCUCCGCUGGAGCUUGAGGAGGCAUUUCGUAUUUACAAUCGAAGCAAAAGAUCCGGACUGCUGUUGCAUGUCUUCCCAAGUAUUCCGGAGCGACCUGGAAUGCCAUGCCCUGGAGAGGACAAAUCAAUCUAUCGUCGAGGAGCCAGACGAUGGAGGAAACUCUACCAGGUCAAAGGGCACCUCUUCCAGGCCAAGCGCUUUAACAAGAUAGCCUACUGUGGCCUCUGCAGUGAAAGGAUAUGGGGGCUUGGCGGGCAAGGCUACAAGUGUAUCAACUGCAAACUGCUGGUCCAUAAGCGCUGCCACAGACUCAUCCGUCAGACCUGCCAAAGGCUUAUGGAUCCAGCUAUGCCAUCUCAAGAGCCCCCUUCAGAUGCAAAGAGUGAAGAUGUGGACCUUCCACUAGAUGACACAGAGGACAGAGGUGGAAGAUUAUAUUUACCACACAACUGUACAGAGGACAAAAUAGAAGAGACAGAUGUAGAGGAUAUUAAAUCAGUGGUGGAUGGAAUCGAUGGUAUCAAGCUGUCUCAAGGUCUUGUUCUGGGGUUGGGAGACUUCGAAUUGAUCCGAGUUAUUGGGCGGGGCAGUUAUGCCAAGGUGCUGCUGGUCCGCUUAAAGAAGAAUGAUGAGGUUUAUGCCAUGAAGGUGGUGAAGAAGGAGCUGGUUCAUGACGAUGAGGAUAUUGACUGGGUGCAGACAGAGAAGCAUGUGUUUGAGCAAGCCUCCACAAAUCCAUUCUUAGUGGGCCUCCACUCCUGUUUCCAGACAGAAAGUCGGUUAUUUCUUGUGAUUGAAUAUGUGAAUGGUGGGGACUUGAUGUUUCAUAUGCAACGACAAAGAAAGCUCCCUGAAGAACAUGCAAGAUUUUAUGCUGCUGAAAUCUGCAUUGCUCUAAACUUCCUGCACGAGAAAGGCAUCAUUUACCGAGACUUGAAGCUGGACAAUGUUCUUUUGGACCAUGACGGACACAUUAAGCUCACAGACUAUGGCAUGUGUAAGGAGGGGAUCAGACCAGGUGACACAACCAGUACAUUCUGCGGAACACCAAACUACAUUGCACCAGAAAUCCUCAGAGGAGAAGAUUAUGGCUUCAGUGUAGACUGGUGGGCCCUAGGGGUACUAAUGUUUGAGAUGAUGGCUGGGAGGUCCCCGUUUGACAUCAUCACCGACAAUCCUGACAUGAACACUGAGGAAUACCUCUUUCAAGUUAUUCUUGAAAAGCCUAUUCGCAUCCCAAGGUCUUUGUCGGUGAAAGCAGCCAGCGUGCUCAAGGGUUUUUUGAACAAGGAUCCUAAGGAGCGGCUGGGUUGCCAGGUCCAGACAGGUUUCACAGAUAUCAAGUCCCACACAUUUUUCCGCAGUAUAGACUGGGAGCAGCUGGAGAAGAAGGAGAUGACGCCGCCCUUCAAACCUCAAAUCUCGGAUGACUACGGCCUUGAAAAUUUUGACACACAAUUUACGAAUGAGCCCGUACAACUCACACCGGAUGAUGAGAGCGUCAUCAAGAGAAUAGACCAGUCGGAGUUUGAGGGGUUCGAAUACAUCAACCCACUGCUGCUUUCCACUGAAGAGUCUGUAUGAAGGAGGCAAGGUAUUUUCAUCUUGGCUCCUCCUCCAGUGUGACCAAGCCGCUGUCUCUGCCAAAAGCCUCUAACAGGGCAUCCUGAGGACUCAAGGGACAAACUGGAAAUGUUCUUUCCUGCACUACUGGGAUACCAAAUUCCGAAUGUUGUUGGUAUCUGCAAGGAAAAAAAAAAACCUCACUCCUACUCAAAGAACAUUCCCUCUGGAUAUGUCAUCUGACCUUUCUUUGUUCUUUUAUGUGCUUUUGGUUCCUGAAGCCCCAGAAUGUCCAUUGUGGUGUCCAAUUCUUCGAGAGCUGGCUCGUUCCUCGCCUGACACCCUUUUAUUCCGUCACACAUUUCUGGAUGAACCACAGCUUCUGUGAAGGACUUGAACAUUUUACAUAGACUUUCUUGGUAAUUUGUCGGUGUGUUUUUUUUUUAAUCUCAAUUAGAGGGAGUGGGCGGGGCAAGGGACUGGUUUAAAAUAAGAAUGUAUAAUGAUGAAUGAAAGUUUAAGUUAUUAUGUACGAUCAUGUAGGUAUUCAAUCCAAAUUUGACAAUGCCUUUUUUGUUGAUGCCAGUGGCCCCGUUUCAUCCAUAGCAACUCAAUAAUUUUUCUUGAAUUUAUUUGAAAAAAAAAAAAAUGAAGAAGUGCCUCACACAUCAAGCAAAUUCCUGUGUCUGCUUGCACUUAUCUCCCUUUGCCCACUUCAAGUUGUCAGAAUACAGUAGUCUAUACUGUGCCAGGCUCUUUUUAGAGCCCAGCAAAAUGAGGAAUUGUUUUAUUUUAGAAUCAAUGAAUUCCGAAGCACAGGCGCAGCGUUGCCAAAUCCCACUUUGGAAAUAACUUCAAAAUGUGAGCCACCAGUAGUGAUUAGUAAAUGGCUUGUCAGAAGUUUUCCUAGUUUGCACAUUUCGUCGUAGGGGUAAAGUGAGUGUGAGAUUUGACAAGCAAAUCUGAGUUGAUGUCACAAGCAAAAGGCUGCAUCGUUUUAGACCAGUGGUUCUCAACUGUUGUCACCCCCGGACCCGCAUUGACCUAUUGUUGCAAAGUCACGAUCGGCUUUUAGCAAAGUUGAGAAAAAUAAAGAAAAUGUUUAAAAA